AUGGGAGAUGGAGUACAAAGCUGGAGGUGGAAGUAUUUGUGGAUUGUCUCUUUGUUGCUUUGCGUCGCGGACCAGGCUUCAGCACAGAUAAGAUACUCUAUUCCUGAAGAGGUGAAAGAGGAAACCGUUGUAGGAAAUCUUGCUAAGGAUUUAGGGCUUGAUGUGAGUUCUUUGGUGAACAGAAGGCUCCGUAUCGUCUCCGGAUCUAAAUAUGAAUUGCUUCAGGUUAAUCAGGACAAUGGCGUCUUGUACGUUAAAAGGAAAAUCGACAGGGAGGAGGUAUGUGAGGAUAAUAGCGUCUGUUUGAUUAAUCUAAAAAUUGCUGUUGAAAACCCUCUAGAAAUUCACCACGCUGUCGUGGAAAUAAUAGACAUUAACGAUAAUAUUCCCACUUUUUCUCAAACACAUCAGCAUUUUGAUAUAGCUGAGCAUACACCUGUAGGGACAAGCUUUCAGUUACACGCAGCACGGGACCAGGACACAGCAUCAAAUUCUGUUCGCAUUUAUAAGUUAAAUCAAAAUAGCAACUUUGAAAUCGACACUAAAAAUAGCGAUGGAGAUAAAAUUCCAUUCUUAGUUAUACGGAAACCGCUUGAUCGUGAACAAACAGAGGAGUAUAGACUGGUUGUUACAGCGGAAGAUGGGGGAAAUCCACCGAAAACAGGUACCCUGAACAUUAACGUUAAAGUACUUGACAUAAAUGAUAAUCGGCCCGUAUUUAGUCAAAGGGAAUUUUCCACUACAUUGCAAGAAAAUGCUCUAGUUGGUACCGCUGUAAUUACAGUAAACGCAACCGACAGUGACCACGGCUCCAACGGUAAUAUUGAAUAUGCGUUUGUUAAAACGAUGAAGCGCAAAGUAUAUGACAUUUUUCAGUUAGAUAUCGUAACAGGAGAAAUACGAGUUAAAGGGGAAGUAGAUUUUGAGGACAUGGAGGUUUAUAAGUUAGAUAUACAGGCUUCAGAUAAAGGACAGCCUCCUCUCUCAGUGGAGAGCAGAGUAGUCAUUAAAAUUUUAGACAUGAAUGAUAACAAACCGGAGAUCGAAGUGACAUCACUGUUAAAUGUUGUUCCUGAAGACUCCAGUCCUGGCACAGUUAUUUCUUUCAUCAGCGUCUCUGAUAAAGACUCCGGACUUAACGGAAAGGUUGUGUGCACUCUUGCAGGAAGUUUGCCUUUUGAACUUAAACCAUCUAUUCAAGAUAACAUGUAUUCAUUAGUAACAAAGCAAAACUUAGAUCGUGAGAUGGUAGCAAGCUAUGACAUAAUUAUUACAGCCACGGAUUUAGGCCAGCCUCAGUUAUCAACUAUUAAAAACUUACACGUGCUAGUAUCAGACGUAAAUGACAACAGACCGCAGUUUCUUCAAAAUUCUUUUGAACUGUACUUGGUGGAAAACAAUACCCCUGGUACAUCCGUUUUCUCAGUGAGCGCCUUUGACAUUGACUCUGAUGAAAACGCAGGGCUUUCGUAUCACAUCAUUAGAAAUAGUGUAGCACCAAAUGAUAUAACAUCAUUCAUAAAUGUCAAUUCUGAAACCGGAGUUAUUCACGCGCUAAAAAGUUUUGAUUUUGAAACAACCAAAACGUUCCAGUUCCACGUUCUCGCAACAGAUUCUGGAACUCCGCCACUAAGCAGCAACGUUACAGUGAACGUGUUUAUUCUCGAUCAGAACGACAACGCUCCAGUGAUCGUAUAUCCAAUCAGUGCUAACGGUUCUGCGGAAGGUGUGGAGGAGGUUCCCCGCAAUGUAAAUCCAGGACAUUUGGUGACUAAAUUAAGAGCCCAUGACGCGGACAUAGGAUACAACGGCUGGUUAUUGUUUUCACUCCAGGAAGUGAGUGACCACAGUCUGUUUGGUUUGGACCGCUAUACGGGACAGAUCAGGACUCUUCGGUCAAUCACAGAAACAGAUGAAGCUGAACAUAAAUUAGUAAUACUUGUUAAAGACAAUGGCAACGUUUCCCUUUCAGCAACAGCCACUAUGAUCAUUAAACUUGUUGAACCAAAAGAGGCUUUUGCUGCGUCCGAUGUUAAACACGCAGUAAAAGAAGAGGACAAAAAUAACGUGACAUUUUAUUUGAUCAUUACCUUGGGAUCUGUUUCAUUUCUUUUUAUAACCAGCAUCAUCGUGUUGAUUGUAAUGCAGUGCUCCAAAUCUACAGAAUAUUCAUCCAAAUAUUUACAAGAUACAAAUUACGACGGGACACUGUGUCAUAGUAUCCAGUACAGAUCUGGAGAUAAACGCUACAUGUUAGUUGGAGCCAGAAUGAGUGUCGGUUCUACUAUAGUUCCAGGCAGUAAUGCGAAUACUCUAAUGGUACCAGAUCGCAGGAGGAGAACAUCUGAUGAGAAUAAACUAGCUAUACAGUACGUACUUAUACUGCCCUUCUUCCAAAUAAAAUGUAGCCCAUGA